AUGGCGGUGGCGGCUGUGUGCGCGUCAUGCCCGGAGGCCCACCAAGACACCGUGUCGAGGCUUUGCUUGCAGCACAAAAUCCAGAAGGCCUUCGGCAGGACGGGGGACAUGCUCGACUCCCUAAGCGGAAAGGACUGGAUCCCCAAGUGGGAGGCGAAGGUGGUGAUGGCCACAGUGACCAAAGCCCAGACGUUGGGCUGCAAGAAGGCGCUGCUGAUUUGCAUCGCCGGCGGCCGCCACUGUGACGCUGAGAUGGCGCGCCAGCCCGCGCUGGUCCGCGCCAUCAAGACGGAGAUGGGGGAUCCGGACUUCCGGGUGACCAUGGAGUGGAUGGACAUGGAGGAUUUCGUCGAAAAAUACCCCGACAAUGACGGCGGGGGGGGGGGGAAAGGAAAAGGCAAGCCAACAGCGGCCAAGAGCGAGGCGAAGUGCGUGGAUUCGGGCGAAGGAAGUAAGAAUUGCUAUGGCCAAGAGGCGGCGCCUGAUCAUGCAGGCAAAGGAAAAGGGGCUGCCAAGCAAGUCAGCCAAAAGGCAUCGGGCAAAGGAAAGGGGGAUGCCAAGCAAGCCAACCAAAAGGCAUCAGACAAUUCCGGCAAAGCAAACGGGGACGCCAAGCAAGCCAACCAAAAUGCAUCAGACAAUUCCGGCAAAGCAAACGGGGACGCCAAGCAAGCCAACCAAAAGGCACCAGACAAUUCCGGCAAAGCAAACGGGGACGCCAAGCAAGCCAACCAAAAGGCAUCCGAGCAUGCUGGCAAAGAUCAAGGCUCCGGCCAGACGAACCAACCAAAGGCAUCAGUGAAUGCUAGCAAAGAGAAAGAGGCACCGAAACAGAAGGCAGGCAAAAGCCCAGCGGCUUGCAAGUACUGGCUGCAAGGCAACUGCAAGAAUGGCAGCAGCUGUGCAUAUGCCCAUGGUGCAGAUACAAGCGCUUCAGCAAAGGCUACAUCCAAAACGCUGUGCACAUACUUUGCCAAAGGCAUUUGCAAGAACGGGGCUGACUGCAAGUUCUCGCAUGUUACCAGGAGCGAAGACAAGGCCGAAAAGUCAACAAAGUCCAAGACGCGCGCCGCCAAGAAGCUGCCGUGCAAAAGCUGCGGCAAGACGUUCAAGGACUGGGACAGCGUUGUGAUCAAGCAUUUUGUGUGUAAAGGUCGGAAAGCACUCUGCAUGUGCGAGCAGUGCAACAAGACCUUUGCUGACGACCUGUGCUGCAUCCAGCACCAGUCCGCAACGGGCCAUGUGGGGAUGGCACGGGCCAAUGAUGAGAAGGAGCCCAGCUGGGAAUGCGGCCAGUGUGGGCUGAGCUUUCCGACCGAGGCGGCCUGCGUCCAGCAUCAAGAAGGCACAGGACAUGGUGAUAUACCCGUAUGCCAGACAUGCUCGAAGUCAUUUCAAAGCGAGAAUGCUUUGCGGCAGCACCAACAGGCAGUCAGCCACAGUGGAGUCUUUUGGGUACUGGAGGAUGACUCGGACAGUGACGUGUCCGAGGUCAUGGAGGGCCCCUUUCUUCGAUGCGGCUGCGGCCGGGAGUUUGCGUCUCUUGACGCAGGCUUGCAGCAUCAAACCGCAACCGGCCACAGCAACUUGCCCUUGGUGCCAGUGGCGCUUGACAUGGCCAAAUGCAGCGCAGGGAAAGGCAGCCCUGCAGAUUGUCCUCAGAGCUGA